AAGCCAGAGAGCAACAGGCUGUUUGAGGCUGGAUGCUGCUGCCUGGAGAGAUAAGUGAUCAGUGAUCGUUCAUCCUGAGCGUCAGACUGUGAGACUCUCUCUGGGCUGUUCCUUCCUCUGUGGUGGACUCCACUUUUCUCUCCUCUGGUUCCUUGCAAUUCUCUGCCUGUGAUUUCCCUCAACUGCAACCAUGACUCUGACCCUGGCCACAGCGUUCGCCAGGCGCUGGUGGAUGGCAGUGACGGCCAUCAUUGAGAAUCUUCUCUUCUCCGCCGUGCUGUUGGGAUGGGGAUCCCUCCUCAUCAUGCUGAAGUCAGAAGGUUUCUACUCUUACCUUUGCAACGAGGAAGGCAACAGUUCCAGCCACUCCAAUCUGUCCCUACCCCUUGCAACGCCGACAACCAAUGACUAUUACUACUAUGACAAUGAUGCUGGUGUGGUUGGUCUGGGAGACGGAGUGGAGAUGAGGCCCCUGGUGCCUUUGGAUGGGCCCCUGAAAAUGAACGGCUGGCUGAUUUGUAAAGAACAGGAUGAGAUGCUGAACCUGGCGUUCACAGUCGGCUCCUUCCUGCUCUCGGCGAUCACCCUGCCGCUGGGGAUUGUCAUGGAUAAAUACGGGCCUCGCAAUCUAAGACUGCUGGGCAGCGUGUGUUUUGCAUUCUCCUGUUUACUCAUUGCUUAUGGGUCCUACAAUCCAAAUGAACUGUCGGUCCUUAUCUUCAUUGCCCUCACUUUCAAUGGCUUUGGGGGCAUGUGUAUGACCUUCACCUCUCUCACGCUUCCUAACAUGUUUGGGGACCUCCGUUCUACCUUCAUCGCCCUGAUGAUUGGCUCCUAUGCCUCGUCCGCUGUCACCUUCCCUGGUGUCAAGGUUAUCUACGACCUUGGCAUACCCUUCAUCACUAUCCUGGUGGUGUGGGCUGCCUGUGCUGGACUGGUCUUCUUGAACUGCUUCAUGAACUGGCCACUGGAGCCGUUCCCAUCACCAGAGGACAUGGACUACACUGUGAAGAUCAAGUUCAGCUGGCUGGGCUUUGACCAUAAAAUCACCGGGAAGCAGUUCUACAAACAAGUGACCACAGUGGGCCAGCGUCUCAGUGUGGGCAACAGCAUCAAGCAGAAGGAGCUGGCCACAACGGACGGCAACAAGCUCUGCCUCUCGACCAUGGACCUGGAAUUGAAGGGCAAAGAAGAGUCCCAGUCCUUCUUGAAAACCAUCUCCAGCACAAUGUUCAUGCUCAGUCUGGUGACCAUGUGCGUCACUCAGCUCCGUCUCUUGUUCUACAUGGGAGCCAUGAACAGUGUCCUGGAGUCCCUCAGUGAUGGAGACCUCAACACAGUGGGUCUGUACUCCUCCAUCUUCGGCAUCAUGCAGCUGCUUUGCUUGAUGACCACUCCUGUGAUUGGUCAGAUCAUGGACUGGAAGCUAAAGGAAUGUGUUGAUGGAGAGGACGAAAAGGAGCCCUGCAACAACGGGGAGAAGAAGAAAAAGCGCAGAGACAAAAAGACCCAGAAGGUGACCAAUGCCUUGCGAGCUUUCGUCCUCACAAACCUCCUUUUAGUAGGGUUUGGGAUCACCAGUCUGAUACCCAAUCUCCCCCUGCAGAUUGUCUCAUUUGUUUUACACACUGUGGUGAGAGGAUUCAUUCACUCUGCUGUUGGUGGUCUCUAUGCUGCUGUGUACCCCUCCUCUCAGUUUGGCAGUCUAACGGGCAUGCAGUCCCUGGUCAGUGCUGUGUUUUCUUUACUGCAGCAACCCCUGUUUCUGGCGAUGAUGGGACCCCUGGAGGGAGACCCGUUCUGGGUCAAUAUUUUACUCCUCGGUAUUAGCAUGCUGGGCUUCUUGCUGCCUCUCUACCUGGUGUGCUACAGACGGACACUCCACAAAGAGCAGCUGCAGCGAGAGGACGACGCAAAGAUCUACUUAAGAAUCAAUGACAGCGACAUACCUGAGGCCUACGUCUAGAGAAAAGGACAGCAGAUGAUGAAAAAAAUAUUUUUUACUGACAAACAUUUGCAGCCCAGUAAUACGUGCAUACAUACACAUGCGAAAGGACAACUACAAAUCUAUUUAGAAUAUAACAUUUCAACGUAACAUUGUAGUUAAAGGACUACAACAGGUACACAUACAAACAGACUGACGCAUAUUUCAAAAUCCCAUGAAGAUAAAGUGAUGCUGCAGUCAUCAAACUAACAAUUCAGUUGGACAGUCGCUUUGGAGGACAGUGGAGGGAAAAAGACAAAACAAGAGGAAAGACUGUGAAAGGAAAGAGGCAUAAGUCCUCUGUAUUCCCCCCAAUCCUCUGACUUCUCUUUUUAUUCCCUCUUCUCUGAGCGGCACAUUGGUGAAGAGUGCUUUAAUUUAAUUCUUCAUUCUCGAAAAUGAAGGAGUUUAAGCUCAUGAAUAUCCCCCCGUGACUCCAUCAAGACAGCUUAUUGUCAGCAUUAUUUGUGAGUGAUUCCAAUUCUUCUUCUUCAAACAUUUUUGGUUAAUAUGUUGACUUUAAAUCAUCCUGAUUGUAAAUUCCAUAACUUGGUGCUACCUGUCUUUACAUCAGCUGGAAUUCUUUGGUAGACGGUGUGAGAUAAGUGUGGACUAAAUGGCAUCCAUAAGCGACAGCAUGGAGAGGCUGAUGUUUCUCAGGCGAAUAGAAAAGACACUCAUCACUUAUGCAUCUAUUUAUAGUAAACCACUGCUGUAGCUGCUGGAGAACCGGAGGAAUGUCAUUAUUUUAUGGGCUGUAUAUUUUGUAAGAACGACUUUAAACAAACUGCGGUAUGUUUUGCUAAAGGCAAAUGUUAUUGUACGUUUAGAGUAUUUAUUUUAUUGCCUGCUUUAUUUAGUUUUCUUUUUUUAAGUUCAGUUUACCAGGAUGCCUUUCGAAUUCACCUCCAUUUAAAAGAGAAAAAACAUUUUUUACACAUAUCGGUAAAAAUGUUUUUCCCUUUCUCCAUUAAGUUUAUCAUUCAGAUGCCUUAUCUUAAAGUUAAGUCAAUGUUUCUUUAUACCUACUUUUCAGCACUUUAUACUCUGUUUAUCUUUUUUAAUUCCACACACACCAUCUCAUUUCAGCACUUCUCUCCUGAUGCCUCUCUAGAAGAAUAUCCCACUUUGAUUUUGAGCUCCUCCUCCCUUCACAUGUGUAUUUAUUUCAUUUUACACUCAUUUUUCCAUAAUACAUUUCAUCGUGUAUUUAAAAUGUGCUGAGCAGGAAACAUGUCAUUAUGGCUCAUAUGGUGUUGUUCGCAUAGAGCUAGAUUAUGUAGAGAUGUUCGUUUUGCAGGUGUUCCUGUUUUAAAAUGGAAAAGCUGUGGGGUUUAAUAAAGAUGAGUUGAUAUCUUU